AUGCCAACCAGCACUACUUCGAGCACACCAAUUGCAGCCUCGUCGAUGCCUGGGCUCGUCGAUCCUCGCGCAAUCACUACAGCUGCCUCAGCUCGAGCGGCACUAGCAACGCUUGCCUCGCAUUCUAGUGCGCUCGAAGAUCGCUUCUCGGAGCUGCUUGAAGAGUCGAUCGAGAAGAGAGAGACGGCUACGGAGGUGUUGAAGUCUCUGACUACUCAGGUGAACCUGAUCAGAGAAGAAGCCGGCGUGCUCGACGCGAGACUGGAUGUUGCAGCCUCAGAAGCCAGGACGAUAUCGGAGGCGGUCAGGAGGCUGGAUGAGAUGAGGGACAGGGUGCAGAUCGCCAAGAGGUGGGCCGACAGGACCGCGGAUCUGAAAGUGAGUCGCCGUUGUGUCAUCCGCCUUCUUUCCCAGCUAAUUUGUACCGAUGCCCUUCAGGCCUCCUUGCUGUCUCUUGGCGCCGCGAUGGAACAACAAGACUGGGACGCUGCCACUCAGCAUGCUAUUCGCGCCAUGACAAUAGAGCCUGAAAUCCUUCACUCUGCAUUUGCAGCAGCUACGGUCGUGAGUUUGAUGGGAAUUCUAUGGGUCGUAAGCAUGGCUGACACCUUUUUUGCUCCCACAGCCAAGCAGCGAGUAUCCUGACCCCCCUCCUAUGACGCUCAUCUCAAUGCGGACAGGGCUGUUGGAUUUGUAUAGUCGGCGGUUUAGAGCAGCAGUGGAGGCCAAGGAUACUGUCGAGGCUACUCGCUUCUUCAAGAUGUUUCCGCUGAUCGGAUGGAGAAGCGAGGGACUGGCCGUUUAUAGCGACUUUGCCAAGGCACUGGUGCGAGAGAGGGGCAAAGCCAUAACAGAUGCGCUAGCCGCCACUCACAAUAGUGAGUAGAGUGCAGCCAAGAUCACCGGCAAUGACGCUCGCCACUCACCCCACACCUCUCCUUAGGCUCGUCUUUGCACUUUCACGCCGGUCUGCUGACCACUCUCUUUGAGCACCUAGCGCUUCUGAUCGACCAGCAUCAGCCUCUCGUCGAUCGCAAUUAUGGGCCAGGAAACUUCCUGCGAGGGGUCAUGCCGAGCCUACAGGAGGAAUGCGACCGGCUCGGAAAGCGGAUAUGGGAUUCUUGGUGGGAUGAGAGGCUUGUCUUGCGGAAAGUGAGGGCGUGACAUGCGCGUCUCAAUUGGUAUCACUCGGACUGACAAGCCCAGCACUUCCACCACAUCGCUGCCCAGCUCGAUAGCGCCAAGUCCUGCACGUUCUCUUACAUCUCGAGCCUUGGAUCAAAUAUUAAAGGCUCGCGCUCUGGAGCGAUAAAUCCAGUCGCCAAGGCAGCUGGUGGGUUUUCAAUACCAGGAAGAAGUGCUACGCCAGUGGGCGGAGCGAGCGCUGCAGCAGGACGUGAUACUUCCACGUACGAACCAGAAGGUCCCGAUGCCAGGGAGACUGAUCGCGUCUUGACUGAAAUCGCGAGUAUGGCAACCAAGUGGGGCACCUAUCGGCGCUUCUUGGUCGGCAGAUUUGAUCACACGAUGGUGAGUCUGACGUGAGCAAGCGCCAGAACGGGCACAUGCUGACAACCAUACUUGCCGCGCCAUCAGCUCGCGGAGCCAUCGACGAGGGACGAGAGUGGGUUGGACGAAGGCGGCUCUGAUGAUGAGACAGAAAAAGCUGUCCGGUUGGCAGAAGAUCAGGCAAAUCGCAUGCAAGACUCCAUCACAGCCACUGGCAUCUCUGACGCCUCAGCGCUCGGGCAGCAGGUCGCCGCGGGCCUGUCGAAGGCAUACGUGACCCUCGAAAUGUGGUACCUUCGCAGUAGCAUCGAGCGCGUGAGUUUGGCCUGUAUUUCACGCGAGGGGCCUGCACUAGCCUGACAAUGUUCAAACUCCUUUCAGGCUCACCGCUUGGAUACGCCCGAUCUCGCCGCAAGACCGUACACCGCAUCAGUGCUGGAUGACGUGUUCUACGUCUUGCGCGCUGUGCUCGCUCGAUCAAUAUCCACGUCCUCGAUUGCUAGCCUUUCUGCGAUCGCCAGGGCUGUGCGCUGGAUCGUAGACGAAGAAUACAUUCAAGUGCUUGUAAGACGCAUGGAAGGCGUCUGGAGGAGCGCGAGCUCGAGUAUGGCAGUCGAUGGACCUCGGAAAGAAGCGGCUACGAGAGAGAUGAAGACGACGUUCAUAGUGAGCACAUCGAGCGUUGCGUGCUACUUUCUCUGUCUGACGCCGGCGUGUCCCUUACAUGCAAUCUUCAUGUAGGUGUAUCUCAACGUCCUCAGUGUCUCUGCGGACUACACGAACAGAAUCCUGACGGAUCUCACGACUGAGCAGCUUCUCUCCCAGAGCUUUGACGAAAGGCAGAUUGAAGAGGCAGCCUCGAUCGUCCAAGGUCUAAGCGGUCUUGUAGCACGCAUGCGCAGCGCAGUGAGGGUGAGUGCGCCCGUGGAGGGUGCUGAAGGAAUACACGACAUUGUGAUUGACGUGCUAUCAUGUCUUCCAGACCGAACUUGAUCAGCUCUUCAACCAGCUCACGAAGCCGCGCUUGAAAGCGAUCUUGCUCGAAGCGUAUCAAGACGUUUCGUACAUGCUUGACGAUGAUGCCCAUGCCGAAGCAGAGUACAGCGACCCAGUCAGAAGGAGGUUCCUCAAAGGCUGGGAGAUCGUCCUCUCGGGCUACAAGGUGCGCUGACAUAGAGUGUCAGCAGGCAAAGCACGGCUGACGUGACUUUGACUUACAACAGACACUUUUUGAUGAGUCAAAUUGGGAAGCGUACUUUGUCUUGACGCUCGACGCUCUUGUGAGGCCGUGGGAGAAAAUGGCUAUGGGGAUGCGCUACACCGAGGUGAGUGGACCGAUCAUGACUUCAGGUUCUCGACUAGUUGUUCUGACUACCCGCAUGUGGUCCACCAGCUUGGAGCUCUCCGCUUUGACAAGGAUGUCAGAACGAUCACUACCUAUCUCUCGACGCAAACGCGCACUUCAAGCGUCCGAGAAAAGUUCACGAGGCUACAACAGAUAUCAUACGUGCUCAAUCUGGACGAAUCAGAAGUAUUCGCUGACGCAAAGGACCCCAAUGCCGACGCUCAAGGCAAAGAUCUUUACGAGGAUGCCGCUGCUGCAGGUAUGGCGUGGAGAUUGAGUGCAGAGGAGGUCAGGAAUGUAAGAGCAUUGAGGGUAGCGGGAUAA